AUGCCCUUUCUGGCCCUGGCGCCCGGUCCCGGGUCUCAGGCCCCCGUGCGCCCCCCGGCCGCCGCUCUCCGGACCCUGAGACCCCUGUGCCUGGCCCAGCCCCUCGUUUGUGGAGGGCAGGCCCACCCGCUACACAGGGGCCAGUGGGCAGAGCCCAGGCCCAGGGAAGGCGGGGAGCUGACCGACACCAUCGCCACCGAGGGUCUGAGCAAGCCCAGGGUUGGGCCGUGGGGCCGUCCACAGCAGGGCCCCCCACCUUCCUCCGCAGCCCAGCCUCGUCCAGUGACUUUUCUGGGCUCCCUCGUAGAGGGAGGGUGGGCGGGCUCGGCCCCGGGCCAGGCUGCCCCUGCCCAGCAGGAGGCCAGGGACUCAGGGAGGCCACGUGAGGCUGCCCAGGAGAUGGUGCCCACCCACUCAGUGACCCCGGGUGACCUGGGGCUGCAGACGCUGGCAGGGUUGAGGGGCUCGAGGGCCGACAUCUCCACCCACAGCCCGCUGCCCCUGCACCGCAGGCCUCCAGCCUCUGCCAGCCCUGCCACCGCCACCCGCUCCAGCCAGGCCGCGAGGGAGACUCAAUUUGAAGCUGUCCCCCACGAGAUGGAUUUCGAGGCGGCUGGCUAA